AUGGGCAACGCGAAUGGCAAAGAGUCGGAUCCCGAGGGCCCAUAUGCGACACGUCGCUCCGUCGCUGACGCCUCAGCCCAGACCGCCGCCGACCGAGAUAGAGAACGUUCAGCACGCAACCACCGUUCCAGCAGAACUGAACUCAGUUUCCUGGGUAUUUCGUCCUCCUCCGGCACCCGUGAUCGCAACCGUAACCGCGAAGAUGCACCCUUCACCCACCGUGAGACGAGGCAGGAACGAGAGGCCAGGAAGCUUGAGCGAGAGCGGGCCGCUCGUCUGAAGGAACGUGAGAGGAGUAUGAAGGAGGAACAUGUUGACGGGGGCUUCUUGGUCACGCUCGGCACGUACACCGGCACCGAGGAUUACAGCAAGACCGUCGUGCGGCAGCUACUGAUUGAGCGUAAGCUGGCUCCCUUCUGGCGUGGCCUCAACGACUGGUCUGAAAGUUGGACCGAACAUCAGCUUAUCGCUGCUGCUCGAGGCCUUCCCAUCCCCGCCGCUGAUCAAGUGCCUGACCCUGAACUCGUCGCUCGCCCUCCACGAACCGAUCAGAACAUUCACAACUUGACUGUGCCGAUGGGACCUCGCACGCUUUCGGCUGCGUCUGAUCAUAGUGCUUCGGCUUCAGGCCCAAAUCCGACCACGGGAAAGAGUUCUGGGUUCAAAGCUCCCCGAGCGAAAGCCCUCGCCGCUGCACUGGGUGUGAGCUCUCGCAAUACAUCCGCUACUGAGUUGGCACCUCGGGAGAUUUUCCUGGCAAACGAUCCAUUCGUCAACGGCCAAGCACUCGAAGUGUUCCUCUACAAAGAUGCCACAGAGUGCCCUAUUUGCUUUCUCACGUACCCACCAUAUCUCAACCAGACUCGUUGCUGCGAUCAACCCAUAUGCAGCGAGUGCUUCGUUCAGAUUAAGCGCGCUGAUCCUCACCUUCCCGAGCACCACCCCGAUGGCCAGGCACGCGAUCCGAACCAGGGACUGAACCCUGAAGAUCCUCCCGAAAUGCUCAUCUCGGAGCCCUCAGCCUGUCCAUACUGCCAGCAACCCGAGUUUGGAGUUACCUACGAGCCCCCACCAUUUCGACGUGGUCUUGCCUAUUCGACAUCGUCCACAAACAUUGUUGCUGCUGGAACCCCCAUGUCUUCACAGAGCUCCCUUCAUUCGACACCACCCGCUGGUCCACCGACAACCCGUCGCCGCGGGCACAGUCUCUCUGUCAAUGCACCCAACGUCAUCACGACAGAUCGCAUUCGCCCUGAUUGGAAGACAAAGCUUGAUUCUGUCAGACAGCAUCAAGCACGCCGUGCAGCAGCAGCAACUGCGCUCCACACUGCUGCUUUCCUAGUCAAUAGCGAAAAUAACGACCAGCGCUCUAUUCUGCGACCUGGAAUAUUCAGCAGUCGGAGACAUCAUGGAGCAAGUUCAGCAAACCCCCCCGCUAGCGAGCGACCCGCUGAGACGGCUGCGGCAGACCCUGCCGAUGGCUCUGAUCGCCAAGGGCCCAGAUCGGCAAGACGCACACGAAUGGACGAGCUGGAAGACAUGAUGUUCAUGGAGGCUGUUCGCCUGUCGCUGGCUGCUGAGGAGGAACGGAAACGAAAGGAUGAGAAGGCAUACCGUAAGGAGGCCAAGAAGCGUGAAAAGGAGGAGAAGAAGGCGCAGAAGAGGCAGGCCAGCCAUCCGUACAACGGCACAAGCAGUGGUGCCAGCGCAAGCAGUCUCUCUUUGAGCGGCUUUGGCCGAAGGCGCGACAACAGCGGGGCCAGUAACCUGCGUGUCGAAGCUACCAUCCAGGGUGCUUCACAGACCUCGAAGACGGGCGAGUCGAGCCCUGCGCUGGAAACUAAGAGCACCAGCGUUGCCAGCUCGACGGACGCUGGGCCUGCGAGCAAGGGAAAGGCAGUCGAUAGAGGUUCCUCAUCCCCCGAAACAGCAACCACCCCUGACGAAACCCCAACCACUGGCGCCCUGCCAGUGCCCCCCCCUCGAGGAAUGUCCCACCUCCGCCAGAUGAGCAACACGUCAUCCCUUGGUUCUUCCGGAGUAGACACGCCCUCUGGAAGUUACACGGGUGGUCAUGCCUCGGAUUCCAAUGAAAAUAGCCAAGCAAACCGAAGCGACGAUGUUGAUCAUGAACCGAUGUUCAAUUACCGUAGCCUGGCCGAAAUGGUUGGCGUAAAUAUCGAUGACGGAACCGCCCACAGUGCGGUACCAGAAGAGGGAAACUCUCCCCACGCAAGCGGUGAUCUGGUCCGACGGCCACUCUCCCAGGUGAACGAGGAUGAGAAGGAGGGGCCGGAGGCUGAACAUGUCGAGAAACCGCAGCCUACUAUUGCGCUGACCAGCAAGGGUCGGGCAAAAUAG